AUGAAUAAUCCUUAUGAGGUGCAGAGAGUAGCGAAGCAGUCACCACAGACGAGAACCAUAGACUAUACCUCUUACAAAGCUCCGCGAUCCGAACGUAAAUCUAAUCCACAGAAAUUUGAACAGAGCAAGACCACCAAACAAGGGCAGAUUAGCAGUUUGAACAGUAGUAAACUCAGAAAUGAUUCCGCCACCACCGCUCAACCAAACAAUCAAGGCUUCAACUCGCAGAGAAAUGGUAUCAGUGCUCUAGUAUACAACACAGCUGAAGGGACCCUGAUUGUUCCUGUUCUACCCUCAUUUUUGUAUGGGGGCGCUGCAAAUGGGCUUGGCGGAAACUUUUUGGGAUCUCCAAUACAAGUGAUUGGAAAUCCCCCUGGACAAGCACCGAACGGAGCAGGGGCAAAUAUAAAUGCUAAUCAGCAGAAGAAUGCUGAGACUAGAACCUCUUUCAAUGUUGUGAAUCCCCCUGGUGUCUUCGCUGGUGCUCCUAUUUUUAUUCCCGACUUGAAUGGUUUAUUUGGAGGCAACCUAUUAUUACCAAAUUUACAGCAGGUCAACCAGCAAGGCCGCAGUGAUCACACUCAACGCGAGAUUCAGCCACCCAGCUAUCAAGCACCCAGACCCGAUCCAACCUCCGAAGAUAACCAGUCGAACUACGAUAACCAGCAACCGACUCCGACUUACAGUACAUCUGUCAAUUACAGUACCCCACCCAGUACUGCAGUCACUUUUCCGACUCUUAUGACUUCACCAACUCCUCCCGCUCCAUACAAUUCACCGGAGCCGAUUAACCCUUACCGACGUCGUCGUCAUUAG